UAUUGUUGUGAGAGGUUCGUGGCACGGCUCAUCUCGGCGAAUGUGUUAGUCUCAAUUACAGCUGUCAUCAGUCUCAUAGAUGUGUUUUCUCCAUCAUUAUUACCGAACAUCGUUUCUCGGGGGGAAAUUGUUCUGAUCAUCUAAGCAAAAUCGGGUACAUAACUAUUCUGUUGCCAUGGAGAAGACAUGGGGGGUGGAAUUUCAGAAUGUCGGAAGUUGCUACUUCCCUCGGAGCAGAGUGGACUGUCAUUACACCAUCAACUCACAGCACGCAUGGGCCAGUAACGACUGGAUUGGACUAUUCAAGGUUGGUUGGUCGUCAGUAAGGGACUACCAUACGUUUGUGUGGGCAGUAGCUCCAUCCAACUACAAAGAGGGGAUGUUUGUCAACUGCUGUGUUAAUUUCCAAGCUUCUUACCUACCAGGGCCUAGUGCUCAGCAAUACCAAUUUGUUUAUGUGGAUGGAAAGGGGGAGGUUUGUUCUCGCAGUACUGCUUUUACCUUCUCUGCCCCGAAGCCCCUGGAAGACCUGGUGACACUAGAGGAGGAAGAUCAGGGGGAGGAAGUGGGCGAGGACAUGUUGCUGGUCAUCCCCAGAGCCCAGUUACUGCAGAGUCGCCUGCAGGAGUGUCUGAAAGAGCGUGCUGAGCUGCUCAAGGCUCUGGAAGCAGCAGACCAGAACGUGGAUAGAGAGACUGAAAGGAGAGAGAAAGAAAGAAGCUCCUGGGAGCAGCACCGCAAGGAACUGGAAAGAAAGAUCACCGAGCUGAAGGAGGAAGUGAGAAAAUAUACAGUGAAAGUAGAGGAGAUGAAGAAAAAGCAGAAGGAGGUUGAAAAUUUAGGUGAGGCCUUGGCAGAGGAGAAGAGAGCCCUCCUGGCUCAAAAAGAAGCUAAUGAGCAGAGAAUCAGGGAACUAGAGGAGGACAUUAAAGUACUGACCCAGAGAGGCCUGGAGAGAGAAACUGACCUAGAAAGGAUGAGGGAACAAGCAAAGAAAGUAUCAGCUCAGAAGAAGGAAGACGAGGAUGCACACAAGAAUCUGAAGGUUCUCAGCUAUAUCAUAUACACUCACGUCCAGCAUAAGCAUACACAGAAAUAUGUUCACAAAAGUUUACAAUUGUGUGAUUUUUGUGUCUUAUACAAGUUAAAAAUGGAGCAGACAGAGAAAGAGCUGCACAGUUUGUCUGCAGAGUUUCAGAGUCUGAGAAACUCACUGGCCCAGAGAGAUACACAUGCCCUACAGCUCCAAGACACCAUCACCACCCUCACACACAAACUCAACAGUGCUCACAAGAAAGAGGCAGCCAAUGAAGUGGCUCUGGGUGAACUCCGGAGUGUUCAGGAGCAUUUGAAUGUGAGUGAAUGCUGCGUGGAGACUCUUAGGGGAGAGCUGAAAGACAUGGUUGCUCAGAGGGACACUGCACACGCUGAGCUUCACCAAGCCCGUCUACAGGCCGCACAGCUCACACUGCAGCUGGCAGAUGCCAGCCUGGCUCUGAGAGAAGGCAGGGCAAGCUCGGCACAGGAGAGAGAGACCCUGCAGCAGAAUUCUGAGAUGGACAAAGUGUGUCUGGAAAGACUGAAUGAUGAGAUCCAGCAGAAAGAGGAGAUGUUGCAGGAAGCAAGGAUGGAGAGAGAGAAAGCGGUGGUGGAGCUGGGACGAGAGAAAGACUGCAAUCGGGUUCAGCUGAGCGAGACUCGCCGUGAGCUGCAGGAACUGAAGGCAAGUUUAAGGGUGGCACAGAAAGAGAAGGAACAGCUGCAGACAGAAAUACAGGAAGUGAUGGAGUACAGUCAUCAACUGGAGAGAAGGCUGGAGGUGCUGAGUGAUUCUAAAUGGAGUGAGACGGCCCUGCUGCAGAGCAGCCGUGCUGAGAGCCCACUGCUGUCUGAUUCGGAGGAUGAGAAUCCUGAGGCCUUGCAGGACGCACACUCUUCUGGGCCUCUGAACUACAGUCUGUGCGAGCAGCCCCAGGCUGACCUGCUGCUCCCAGCCACCCCACCACCCUCUCCCAGACACCCCUCCAACAUGGACAGAGUGGUCAUCAGCCAACCUGCGCCUCUGUCCUCUCCGCACCAGACCAACACUCAUACACACUCUCACAGCUCUGAGUCGGAGGAAGAGUAUGAAGCCACUCUGUCAGGUGGACACAGCUCUGGAGAGGAGACGGACCUUCUCUUGCCUCACAAAAGAGACGCUACCCUCGGAGAUCUGGCAGAGAGCCCCCUGUGGUGAAAAGCAGAACUGCUGAGGGCCAGCUCAGUGUGGAUGGCUUAGCACCACUGCAAGUCAUGUUGCAAAUUUUGUAUUUAGAAGCAUUUGCGCUUUAUAUCAUAUUGACAUGAGUAUUUAAAUAUGCAAUUUGCUUUGUACCUUAUAUGCACUUAGAAUAUGCACAAGCCUCUAAAUGUCUCAUGGUUUUACAGAAAUUUGCAAGGGUGUGAAAUUUUACACAUCAACUGAUUUGCAGAAAGAGCAUCUGUAAUGAGCAGAUCAAUGGAAAGAUUGUAUAUGAGCAGGAAGUAAUGUGUUUGUGUGUGUUCUACAGUUGUUUAUCUAUUUUAAUCUAGCUUCUCUUGGUAUUGACCAUCACAAGACUCAUACUAAUAUAAUGAUUACCAUUCAUCUAUAAUGGCAUCAGCAAUAAUUUAAAGCACCAUGUCAUUCACAUAUUUUUUUAAUGUAAGAUACAAAUUUUGGGGUCUUGUAGCAGUAUUUGAAUUGCUGCAGCAUAGAAGUUUUUGAAGAAAGUUUCUGUGAUUGUUCACAGAUUAUAUGAUUGUGUGCAAUGGGACAAACCAAUGACUUCGUGUAUAACAAUGAUCGUUAUGUUUAGUAGUAAAGAGUGACAUUUUUGUGAAAUGUAAAAUCAUUCAUAUAUGCAAAGUUUUUUGUUUGUGUGGAGAAAGUCCACUGUACCAAUGACCAUGAGUGCUGAGGAGUAUGGAUAUUUUAAUUAGACUGUAUUUCAAAUGGUUAUUACUCUGAAUUGGGUCUGUUUUUACCUUCGUUUCAUGCAUUGUAUUGCAAUCACUAUUCGAUAUUGCAGAAGGAAUUCUCAAUUGUACUGACUUGGAUAAUUUAGAAAUCAACGUUAUCCAGUACUGUAGAAAGGGUAUUUUCAUUUUAACUUUGAAUUGAACUGUUUAAAAAUGUGCCUCAUAAAAACCAAACUAUGAAUUUUAGAUGUAAUGAUUAAUGCAGUUUUACGACUUCAUGGUGUGUCAUGACUCAUUGGGGAUCAUGAUUUUGCUAUUUGUGAUGUUUACCUUUGGCAAAGCUCGUUACUGGAGGAAAAAUAAAUAAAUUUAUAAAUGAUUACAAUUUAAUUACAUUCACAGAGGAGAAUAAUUUAAUGCAAAAUAAAACUUGCAUUGUGUUCGGUUGAUUUGUUAUUGCUGUUAUCUUUACUGUAGGGACAAGUUUGAAUAGCUCCAAAAUUAUUUGCCUUUUAUACAACACGUUUUAACAUCUGUAUUGACUUGAAUAAUGUCAACAUUAUAACACACUGAAACACGCUUUUGUUGUUACUCUGUACUCAUCAGUCUAACUGAUGAAUACGGAGCGUCUGAAUUUUAUGCUUUUGUGUUGUAUGCUUGACUUGGUUUUUCUUUAAUAGUUAGUAGAGCAUUUUGCUAGUGUCAAGAAAUGUGCGAUUGAAAACAUAAUUUUCAUGAAUUAAACUUCCACUAUUGUUCCCACCAAGUUUGACCACAGCUAAACAAAUUAGACCUAACAUUUUCCAGAAACUGGUGUAUGACAGGGAAUAUGUUAAGAAUAGUCAUAAAUAAUUGUUGACAAUUUAUUUCUAUUAUAUAAGAGUUUUAAUAAUGUCCAAGAGACAUUGUUUUAAGAACGCAGGUCAUUUCAGGGCAAUAUGAUCUUUGUCAACGCUAUCAGAGAAUUUGUUUUUUGUGCAGCAAUUGCUUUAGUCACUUAUCUAAAAUAUGUGUUUGUUUUUUUAGGUUAUGCUUUUCUGUGCAGGGUGUGGGUGGGUUUCUGUAAUAAAAUAAUUAAUGUAACAUCCGUAAUGUGUUCUUUG